AUGUCGGCCCCUGGAGCUGGUCACGAAUUCCCCGCCAAAGAGGUCUCUUGGCAGAAGCGUGAUGUGCUAUUGUUUGCCAAUAGCAUUGGUGUCAAGGCCGACGAGCUGCACUUCCUCUAUGAACUCCACCCGAGCUUCUCGGUCUUCCCAACCUAUUCUCUCAUCCUCCGUAUGUUAAGCGCCUCGAGGGACUUUCGGGCAAUUGCACUAACUCCAAAGCCAAUAGCAUUCAAGCUCACUGAUCAAGAAGUGACUGAUUUCUAUGCCCGCCAGAAGGCAGUUCACAUCCCAGGCGUCCCCGACCUGGACCACCGUCAUGCUGUUGAUGGUCAGCGUAAGAUCACAAUCCUGAAGCCGCUCCCUACCACUAGUGCAGGGCGCAAGUUUGAGCUGCGCAAUAAGGUCAUUGGUGUCUAUGAUAAAGGCAAGCCUGGUACUGUGAUCGAAACCGAGCAGUCUAUCGUGGAUAAGGAGAGCGGCGAGGUGUACACCAAGGUCGUGAGUAGCGGUUUCUUGGUCGGACAGGGCGGCUGGGGUGGCCCGAAGGGACCUAGCACCGUCAACUAUCCCCCACCGGAGGGCAAGGCCCCUGACGCCACCCAUGUUGUUCAGAGCAACUUGGAGACGGCCCACCUUUACCGUCUCAACGGUGACUACAACCCUCUCCACGCCACACCAGAGCCUGGCCAGAAGAUGGGCUUCGGUGGUGUUAUUAUCCACGGUCUUUUCAGCUGGAAUUCUGCUGCACAUGGCAUUCUGCGCGAACUGGGUGGUAGCAACCCUGCCAAUAUGAAGGAGUUCCAGGCCCGUUUUGCCUCACCCGUCCGGCCCGGCGAUAAGCUUACCACUGAGAUUUGGAGAAUGGGCAAUGUUCAGGAUGGCUAUGAGGAGAUCCGAUUUGUUACUAAGAACGAUAAGGGUCGGGUUGUGUUGAGCAAUGGGCGUUGUCUGUUGAAGGCGACAGGCGUGAAGAGCAAGCUGUGA